UCUAACUUGAAAGAGCAACAAGGAAAGUAGAGGUGUCCCCUUGAGUGUAGAUGCAGACCAAUUACAUUUCUGCCGGAAUGUCCCCCAUGAUUUCAAUUUGUCUAAUGGCUCGCUUCAUGUCCGAGAUAAGCUUGGCCCUCACAAAGACACUCAUUCAUGACACACAACUUUGGAGUAACGUGACCCUGGGCAGCAGAGUCGCUCUUAUAAAUACACAGCGCACCAUGAUUUGUUGAAUAUUUUCACGCAGAAUCCAAAGAGGUCCAGGUUAGCACUGUCGCCAUGAAGCAGUCCAUCGUCUUCUUCCUGCCCAUUCUCCUGCCUCUCAUCAGGGCACAGGUUCCUCACUGGGGCCCAUGUCCAGACCCUCCCGUGCAAUCUGCGUUCAGCAUGAAAAAGUUCUUGGGAAGGUGGUAUGAGGUUGCAAAACUGCCGGCUCAGUUUGAGAAAGGGAGAUGCAUUGAGUCCAACUUCACCAUGAAAGCAGAUGGGAGUGUUCGUGUGGUCAGCUCAGAGAUACUAAAGGGUGAGCUGAGGGCCAUAGAGGGCACUGCUGUGGUGCAGGACAUGAGGGAACCGGCCAAGCUCGGCAUCAGCUUCUCCUACGUGCUCCCCUACACUCCAUACUGGGUCCUGUCCACCGACUACGAAAACUCGGCCCUGGUCUACUCCUGCACCGACGUCCUGCGUCUGUUCCACGUGGACUUCGCCUGGAUCCUGGGCCGAACCCGAACCCUGCCGGUCGCCACAAUCACCAAGGCCAAGGACGUCUUUAACAACAACGACAUCGACGUCAGCCGGAUGAUUAUGAGCAAGCAGGCAGGCUGUGAGAAGGACUACUGAGACACCAGCAGGAGACAAAAAGAGAGAGAGAGAGCCAGAGAGGAAGAAAGGAAGAGUGGGGAGAGAAGGAAAUCUGGGGAGAGCAAGAGAGGAAGGCGGCCACGCUGGCAGGUCAAGAGGUCUGCUGGACUGGCUGCAGCCUGAGGGGCAUCACUGAUUGUUUUCAAUUAUCUCCAACUGUCACUUUUCCUUUUCAUCCAUUUUGUUUUAUUUUUUUUAUACAUCAUAUCAUUUUAUGGUGAAAGGAGUAAUUUGCUAUGUAAUAUAUAUCAUUAUCUUGUUUCAGUUUUUGUAACAUUUUUAGGGCACAAGUAAUUGCAUCACUAAAAUGGGUUCUGAAAUUUGAUUUAAAGAGUUAAUGAAACAAACUGAAGCCAUGAGAUCCUCCGUGGAGAGAAAAAUAAAGUACAGUGUCAUAACAAGCAUCAUGUGAACUGCACUCAUCAUUUUCUAGACCACUUUACAUAACAUGUCUGCAGUUAGAGGUCUACUGACACUAUUUUACAACUGACACAACCCCCAAACUAGAGUUAAUUAGGUUAAUUUGGUGGCCAGAAGUCAAGACACCGAACAUGUUUACUCUCUACUAU